UCCGCAAGAGAAUAUAAAAUAUCUUCCCUUUGACGUCAACCAUUUCUUGAACUGUACUCUGCAACCCCUCCACACCCCGUCACUCUCUCUCUCUCUCUCAUUUUCCCUUCGGAAAGAUCAAACCUCGGGUUCCUCUCCACCGCCUGCGUCCCCAAAGCUUGAAACUCUAGCAAAGCCCACGAGUCCUAGGCCCUCGGAGAGGCGCGCGACGGGGAGAAAAGAAGGAAGAAGAUCUUCGCCGAACCCGACUCGUCAUGACGGGUGGGUUGGUCGUGGAAGAUGCGUUCCGCUGCGAGGAGGAGACCCACCUCACGGUGAUGAAGACGUCCCUGUUCUUCGCCGGCGACGGGUUCGCGGCGUACGACUCCAAGGGGGAGCUCGUGUUCCGGGUCGACUCGUACGGGCCCGACGCCCGCGACACGGGCGAGGUCGUCCUCAUGGACGCUCACGGCCGCUGCCUCCUCACCGUCAGGCGCAAGAGGCCGAGCUUGCAUCAACGGUGGGAAGGAUUCCACGGGGAUGGGACGGACGGCCAGAAGCCGAUCUUCAGCGUGCGGAGGUCGUCAAUCAUCGGCAACACCGGCGUCACGGUGGAGGUGUACGGUAGCCCCGGUGAGGAGUACCACAUCGAGGGGUCGUUUGCGCAGCGCAGCUGCACCAUCUUCAGCGUGGACCGGGAGCCCGUGGCGGAGAUCCGGCGCAAGGUCGACGCCUCCACCAACGUCGUGCUUGGCAAGGACGUCUUCUCCCUCUGCGUGAAGCCCGGGUUCGACGGUGCCUUUGCCAUGGGGCUAGUCCUUGUCCUCGACCGGAUCACUGGCGACGCUGAGGAUGGCGUUGUCACUGCCGGCGAGGGCGAAGACACCGUGGCGGACGCCGGGUCGGAUGGUUAGGACCCGGAUACGGUUGGCAACGGCGAUUUGCCAUGUGAUAAGGUUGUGAUUUAGGCCGGUCCAUGUUAUUUCUUGGUACGGUGGGCCUAAAAGUAGAUAUUUUGAGGAUAAUGUAUUUCCGUAGAAUUUGGAGCUUGCGGCUUCUGUCUCAUGGUGGGGGGAAUUCUUCUUCUCUCUCCGUCUGGUCUUGAACAUCCUUAUGAUUUUGUAAUCCUUAAUUUUAGAUUAAGAACGAGUCGUUUUCGAGAUUUGGGGACCAGAUUUGAAUAGAUUAAUUUCCAUCGUUCUUCAAUUA